CAAAAACUAGGAUUUUGGGAAGCAAUGAUACACCCAUCUGAGUCCCCCACUGACAGAGCUCCCAGCUGAGUGGAUCAGCCAAUCAGAGGCUCUGUCGGGUGCUUAAAAGAGCUGGCGGGGAGAAGAGGCUGGGAAGAACUCAAGGGGAGACCCACAGACACAUAGACUCAGGAGAGACAGGAGGAGAGAAAGAGACAAAGGCAGCGGGAGGCAGAGACAGGACAAGCAGGGGGCCAAGCCAGGCUGUCAGACAGAGGGAGAGGCCAGGGAGCUGCGGAGACACAGGCGAGGAGAGAGCUCCAGGGCAGAGGAGGCAGACCCCGGUACCUCUCCUAACCCUAAGGGCUAAGUUUUCUCCAUCUCCUCUGAAGGUCCAGCCCCUCUAAAAACUCUGCCUCUGACUUUGGCCGGAGUCCGAGCCCCCAGGCUGCGGAGAGAGGCUUUCCAAAGUCAGGGUGUGGAGGAUUGGGUGCCUCGGAUGGCUUUGGUCCCUCCCAGCUGCAGCACCAGUGCCAUGUCCCCGACGGGCUCGCAUCCCGGGAAGGGCUUGGCGCGUCCCUGGCUGCGGAGAGUGCCACCCCGCCUGGGGGUCCCCACCGGGCCGGUCUCCGGGCUGGUGCGGCUGCAGCAGCUGCUGCUGCAGCAGCUGCUCCUGCUGCUGCUGGUCUCGCUCCUGCCCAGCGCCCGGCCGGCCAGCCCCUUCCCUCGGGAGGAGGAGAUCGUGUUUCCUGAGAAGCUCAACGGGAGCGUCCUGCCUGACUCAGGCGUCCCGGCCAGGCUGUGGUAUCGCUUGCGGGCCUUCGGGGAGACGCUGCUGCUGGAGCUGGAGCAGGACCCUGGCGUGCGGGUCGAGGGCCUGACGGUGCAGUACCUGGGCCAGGCGCCCGAGCUGCUGGGCGGGGCAGAGCCGGGCACCUACCUGACCGGCACCGUCAACGGAGAUCCGGAGUCGGUGGCGUCUCUGCACUGGGAUGGAGGAGCCCUCCUAGGGGUGCUGCAGUACCGAGGGGCCGAACUGCACCUCCAGCCCCUGGAGGGAGGCAACCCUAAUUCUGCCGGGGGGCCCGGGGCUCACAUCCUACGCCGGAAGAGUCCUGCCAGCGGCCAGGGGCCCAUGUGCAACGUCAAAGCUCCACCCAGGAGCCCCAGCCCCAGCCCCCGAAGAGCCAAGCGCUUUGCUUCACUGAGUAGGUUCGUGGAGACCCUGGUGGUGGCAGACGACAAGAUGGCGGCGUUUCACGGAGCAGGGCUGAAGCGCUACCUGCUGACAGUUAUGGCAGCCGCUGCCAAGGCCUUCAAGCACCCCAGUAUCCGCAACCCCGUCAGCCUGGUGGUCACUCGGCUAGUGAUCCUGGGGUCAGGCGAGGAGGGGCCCCAGGUGGGACCCAGUGCCGCCCAGACGCUGCGCAGUUUCUGUGCCUGGCAGCGGGGCCUCAACACCCCUGAGGACUCAGACCCCGACCACUUCGACACGGCCAUCCUGUUCACCCGUCAGGACCUGUGCGGGGUCUCCACUUGCGACACUCUGGGUAUGGCCGAUGUGGGCACAGUGUGUGACCCGGCGCGGAGCUGUGCCGUCGUGGAAGAUGAUGGGCUCCAGUCGGCCUUCACCGCUGCUCAUGAACUGGGCCACGUCUUCAACAUGCUCCAUGACAACUCCAAGCCGUGUGCUAGUCUGAACGGGCCUGGGAGCACCUCCCGCCAUGUCAUGGCCCCUGUGAUGGCUCACGUGGAUCCCGAGGAGCCCUGGUCCCCCUGCAGCGCCCGCUUCAUCACUGACUUCCUGGAUAAUGGCUAUGGACACUGCCUUUUAGACAAGCCGGAGGCGCCCUUGCACCUGCCCGUGACUUUCCCCGGCAAGGACUAUGACGCAGACCGCCAGUGCCAACUGACCUUCGGGCCCGACUCACACCACUGUCCACAGCUGCCGCCUCCCUGUGUGGCCCUGUGGUGCUCCGGCCACCUCAAUGGCCACGCCAUGUGCCAGACCAAGCACUCUCCCUGGGCCGAUGGCACCCCCUGUGGGCCUGCACAGGCCUGCAUGGGAGGCCGCUGCCUCCACGUGGAUCAGCUCCAGGACUUCAACACUCCGCAGGCUGGUGGCUGGGGUCCCUGGGGACCGUGGGGCGACUGCUCUCGGACCUGCGGGGGCGGCGUCCAGUUCUCCUCCCGGGACUGCACGAGGCCCGUCCCCAGGAAUGGGGGAAAGUACUGCGAGGGUCGCCGGACCCGCUUUCGCUCCUGCAGGCCUGAGGACUGCCCAACUGGCUCAGCACUGACCUUCCGUGAGCAGCAGUGCGCUGCCUACAACCAUCGCACGGACCUCUUCAAGAGCUUCCCAGGGCCCAUGGACUGGGUCCCUCGCUACACAGGUGUGGCCCCCCGGGACCAGUGCAAACUCACCUGCCAGGCGCGGGCCCUGGGCUACUACUACGUGCUGGAGCCACGGGUGGUAGACGGGACCCCCUGCUCCCCGGACAGCUCCUCGGUCUGUGUCCAGGGCCGCUGCAUCCACGCUGGCUGUGACCGCGUCAUUGGCUCCAAAAAGAAGUUCGACAAGUGCAUGGUGUGCGGUGGGGACGGUUCUGGCUGCAGCAAGCAGUCGGGCUCCUUCCGAAAAUUCAGGUACGGAUACAACAACGUGGUCACUAUCCCUGCUGGGGCCACCCACAUUCUUGUCCGGCGGGGGGCCCCCGCCGGCCUCCGGAGCCUCUACCUGGCCCUGAAGCUCCCAGACGGCUCCUAUGCGCUCAACGGGGAAUACACGCUGAUGCCCUCCCCGACAGACGUGGUUCUGCCCGGGGCCGUCAGCCUGCGCUACAGCGGGGCCACCGCAGCCUCCGAGACACUGUCAGGACACGGGCCGCUGGCCCAGCCCUUGACUCUGCAAGUCCUGGUGGCCGGCAACCCGCAGAACGCCCGCCUCCGCUACAGCUUCUUCGUGCCCCGCCCCACCCCUCCCACGCCGCGCCCCACGCACCAGGCGUGGCUGAUCCUGGAGAUCCUCCGGCGGCGGUCCUGGGCCGGCAGGAAAUAACCUCACUAUCCCGGCUGUCCUUCCUGGGCACCCGGGCCUCGAACUUAGCUGGGAGGAGGAGGGGCCUCUGCAGCUGCCUCGU